CUACCAAACAUCUUUUUUUACCCAUUGCCGCCAUUUUUUUGUGGUUUUCCUGUUUCACAGUUUAUUUGGUUAUUCAUCACGAAACAAUUAGAAAACUAUCGUUUCAUGUGCAAUAAUUUGUGCAGAAGAUAUUAAUUGUUACAAUACAUCCACGUGAGGUAAAAUGAAGCGGGAUGGGUAUGGCGAUGAGGGCGGCCCUAUGCAGAAACGGCAACGCAAUACUGACGACGAAGUCACCUUUCUCAUACCGAGCAAGGUGGCCGGCUCGAUCAUCGGGAAGGGCGGCGCAAAUAUUUCGAAGCUAAGGAAUCAGUACAAAGCCUCUAUAACAGUCCCAGAUUGCCCCGGCCCCGAACGGGUAUUAUCGAUAACGGCGCCGGACGUCGACACCAUUCUGGAAAUCGUAAAAGAAAUAUUGCCAUGUUUAGCUGAUGGAGGAGGUGUGAAGAACAAUGUCGAAGAUUUAGACGUGCGUCUACUGAUUCACCAGAGUCGAGCUGGCUGCGUCAUUGGCAAAGCAGGAGCCAAGAUAAAAGAGCUGCGAGAGAAAACGGGAGCUCGUCUGAAGAUAUUCUCGAACCCCGCGCCACAGAGCACGGAGCGAGUCGUACAGCUGGUGGGCAAACCUGAAGCUGUCGCCGCCGGGAUCAAGGAGGUGCUCGACCUCAUCAGACAGGUUCCCGUCAAAGGUGCCGUACAAAACUACGACCCUCACAAUUACGAUGACUUCUACGCGGAUGAAUACGGAGGAUUCGGUAGUGGACAAGGAGGAGGUGGUGGCGGACCCCGUGGUGGGCCCCGCGGCCCUCCUCGUGGGCCCCCUCGGGGCAUGCCUCCCAUGGGUCCCGCAGGUCGGGGGCCUGCACCAAGAGGGCCGCCAUUAGGUCGCAAUGGACCCCCUGGCGGCCCUAGAGCCGCGUUCAAUGACUUUGGCGGGCAUGGCCCUAGAGCCAGCUUCAGUGGGCCACCUCGCGGUGCCUUCGGCGGCGGCGGCGGUGGCGGAGGCAACAGUGGAGGUGGUGGGGGCUUCGGGGGAGGAAACUUUGGCGGCGGACGCGGGGGCGGAGUCUCUGCCAACUUCAGCAACAAUGGCGGCAACCAGCAGGACACCACCACACAAGUCACUAUUCCCAAAGAUUUGGCUGGCGCGAUAAUAGGCAAGGCUGGCUCGCGCAUACGUAAAAUACGCGCAGAGAGUGGCGCGGGCAUCGAGAUCGCGGAGCCAUUGCCUGGCUCCAGCGACCGCAUCAUCACCAUCACGGGCACGCCGCAGCGCAUACAGAUGGCGCAGUACCUCCUGCAACAAAGUGUGCACGAGAGUAACCCGAAUCUCGGUGGUGGUCGCGGGAAUUUCUGAUUGCAGCCGCGAUCAUCAAGUGUAAUCACAUAAUUGAAGCUUUACUUUAGUCACCUCAAAUCACGUCAUUAAUUUUAUACAGUUUGUAUUGCGAGGCUCACAUUAUUAUAUAUAUAUAUAUCUGUACAUAGUGACAAAGCCUACCAGGAAAAUAAUUCGCAAAUGAAUUUGUUAUAUAACUUUGAUCUUAUUUGCUGUUUCGUGAUUUCGAAUGUCUUCUAUAUAAUGAAAAUGAAAAGUAUCCGUAAUUUCUUGCAAUAAACUAUACAAUUGCAAUAUAGUGUAAUGUGUUAUAAUAUAAAUAUUUCUCUGGUCGGGUUUUAGCUAUUUAAGAAUGCAUUUAUCAUUAUUAAUAAAAUAAUAUUGUUAAAAGAGUUUAAUAACUGAGAUUGUGUCAAUGGAUUUACCAAUUUAUUUGUUACAUCGAUGUAUUUUUAAGUGAUAGAAAUAGAAAUGGCAAAUAAAUAGUUUAUUUUGUGAUUUUAUUUUA